GUGGCCCUCAGCUCCAUCAAAUCCAAUAGGUCGUCUGACACUUCGCAGUGAAUACGCACCGAAUGAGAAAAUCCCAAUCAGAGAUCUCUACGAAUUAGGUUAUGACGGUACAAUAUUUGACGUUUAUAGUUUUGAUAAAAAAUAGCUCUAAAUUUCUAUUAGUACUGCGAAAGUCAUGUUUUCCGCGAAUGCCCACAAUCAGUUCAUAUUUCACCUCAGUUUCCUAAGUCCAAAGCGUAAUAAUUAUGCCCUGAAAAAAGCGAAAGGUCAGAAACACCAACACAACUUGCACACAAAACAGCAGACGCUUCAGUUCGCUUCCGAUUUCUGCAAGAACCCGGGCAAAUACACAGAUGGCAUCCUGGACAGCAUCAAAGUAUUGUCGGAGAAUAGCCUCGUCGCCUUGUUCAGCCACAAUGCCUUGAGCAAGGACUUCCUGGUGACAGGGCGGUUGGCCAAGAGCGCGGCAGCAGCGAUUCCAAAGACACCAUUUUACACGAGCUACGUGUCGGGCAAGUCAUUCGCCGAGAACAAAGCUGAACCUAUACCGAGCCCGCCAGCGGACCCGCGACAUGUCAGCCCGAAUGUGGCGUUUUUGGCGAACUCCCUGCGCUCGUUCUACGUGUCGUAUCCUGCGUUUUGCUCACAACAGAUUCGAACGUUCAAAACGGAACGGUCACGAGACGCAGAAAUUAAGAGGAAUCCUUCAAUGGCGGCCCGAAUCAAGGAUAUGUUCGUAGGUGGAAGAGACUCUAAAUUGGAUUCACAACUGCAUGCGACGAACAGCUUACAAAACGAAUCCUUGAAUCGAAUACUGCAGCAAAUGGACGACAACAGUUUAAAUCAGGAAAAUCGGAUUAAAAUAGCAUUUGCCGAAGGCUACCUAGCAGCAUCAAAUCCAGAAAAUUCACAAAAAUCCGGAAAAGCAAUGAAAUAUCUCAAAGUUUUCCACCAGUUGUUGGUUAUUGUAGUGUUUUUGGGUAUUUUCCUGAGUCUCUUCUCAUCGUCUAGCGGAUCAGUAUUUAGAAUUCAGCUAGGCAAUCAGGUGGAGGUCGAUCCGGAGGAAAUCAGUGUCACAUUUGAGGACGUGAAAGGCUGCGAUGAAGCUAAACAAGAACUGAAAGAGGUCGUCGAAUUCCUCAAAAAUCCGGAUAAGUUCUCGAAUUUGGGCGGAAAACUACCAAAAGGCGUUCUUUUAGUUGGACCACCAGGAACAGGCAAGACUUUACUUGCACGAGCAGUGGCGGGUGAAGCCGGUGUCCCAUUCUUCCAUGCAGCAGGUCCAGAAUUUGAUGAAGUUUUAGUAGGUCAAGGUGCCAGGAGAGUUCGAGACUUAUUCAAAGCCGCAAAGGAGAAGGCCCCAUGUGUCAUAUUCAUAGACGAAAUCGAUUCAGUAGGAGCGAAGCGAACGAAUUCCGUUUUACAUCCAUAUGCAAAUCAAACAAUUAAUCAGUUGUUAUCUGAAAUGGAUGGCUUCCAUCAGAAUGAAGGUGUGAUCGUUUUAGGUGCUACAAAUCGCCGAGAUGACUUAGAUCAAGCGUUAUUGCGACCUGGCCGCUUUGAUGUCGAGGUUGUUGUUCCAACUCCAGACUUCUGUGGACGAAAGGAAAUAUUGAACCUCUAUUUGGCGAAAGUUUUACACGAAGACAUCGAUAUUGACAUGCUGGCGAGGGGGACGACCGGUUUUACAGGGGCUGACUUGGAAAACAUGAUUAAUCAAGCUGCCCUCAGAGCCGCAAUAGAUGGGGCCGACAACGUCACAAUGAAGCACUUGGAAGCAGCAAGAGACAAAGUAUUAAUGGGACCUGAAAGAAAAUCUCGACUUCCCGACGAAGAAGCGAACAAAAUUACCGCUUAUCACGAAGGCGGACAUGCUAUUGUUGCUUACUUCACGAAAGAGGCGCAUCCAUUGCACAAGGUGACAAUUAUGCCAAGAGGACCGUCUCUCGGACACACAGCGUAUAUUCCCGAGAAGGAGAGGUAUCAUGUAACAAAGGCACAGCUUUUGGCGAUGAUGGAUACAAUGAUGGGAGGACGUGCAGCGGAAGAACUGAUUUUCGGCCCUGACAAAAUUACUUCAGGGGCCAGCAGUGAUUUGAAACAGGCCACAUCUAUCGCGUCACAUAUGGUGAAAGAUUGGGGCAUGUCAGAAAAAGUAGGCUUACGAACGAUCGAAGGAGCCAAAGGUCUAGUGCCCAGCGAGAAUUUGGGUCCAAAUACUGUUGAAGCUGUAGACGCGGAAAUUAAGAAAAUUCUUAAUGAUAGUUAUGAACGAGCAAAAUCUAUUUUAAAGGCACACGCAAAAGAACAUAAAGCCCUUGCCGAAGCCCUACUUAAGUACGAGACACUCGACGCGGAAGAUAUCAAAGCAAUAAUGUCGGGCGAGAAGAAAUCCAGCGAAUCGUAUGUUACAUAGGAAAUAAGUUUUAGUGAUUAGAAUUAUUAAAAAAAAUAUUAUAAUAAAUGGCUUAACGCAAUUGUCAACAUCAUUUUACAUAACACCUUUGCUGUAUCUGGAAACAUAAAUUGAAGUCAAAUAAAAUUUAAAAUAUGCCUUUA